UUGAUAAUGCGCGUCUCAAAAUGGCGCUGGAAGAAGAUUUUGGAUAAUUAAAAAAAUAUCUUUUUAAUGGUGCGCAAGAAAGAUAUAUUAUUAUUGCAACUGUAAAAAUGUCAACCAUGAGAAGAAGAUCGCAGACCGGUCCUCGGACCGACACGACGCACGACAUUUUUGUGUACAUGACUCUUGGAAGAUACCCUGAUGGCGCAAAUGAAAAUGCGAAGAGGAACCUUAGAAAACGAUCAAAAUUGUUCAAACUGAAGGGCAGCGAGCUGUUUCAUGUCUCUACAAUUAAAGAUAAAUUCGGAAAAGAUGUGCAGAGAGAGAGACUUGUUCUCACAGAUAGUGCUGAGAGAAAUAAAGUUAUUGGCGAACUGCAUGUGGAUGAUAAAGGCAAUCAUUUGGGGAGGGAAAAAGUCCUCUCUGCCCUUUCAGAGAAGUACUAUUUUGUGGGGAUGAACAAUAAAGUCAGAGAGUAUCUUCUGAAUUGUUCUUCCUGUCGCACACGUUUCAAGCUGACUGAUCAAGGAAUGUCCUCUGAUGGAAGUGUAUCUGCUACAUCAGAUUUCGAAGAUAUGGAUGACUCAGAUUCCAAUGUAUCGUUUUCUGAAGACACUAAGCCAAUCAAGAGUGAAUGGCCUGCUCGAUCCCAAGAAGCCCUUCAUUUCUGGGACAUAGUGGAGAUGAAUGUGCUCGGCCCAUAUGAUUGUAUAGACAGUAAACACUACAUCAUUGUAUUUUUGGACCUGUUUUCUAACUGGCCAGAAGCCUUUGUUGUGGACUCUGUCACUCCAGCAGUUGUAACACACCUGACUCUCAACCUCAUAUGCAGGUUUGGAUGCAUGAAGACUAUGAUGAUCCGGGAAUCUUCCAAUUACUCCAAAGAUGAUCUUACCCCUCUACAGAAAACACUAGAGGAAGCUGGCAUUGAUAUUAAUGUCAAUCCUUUUUCUUCUGCUCUCUCAGAUAAAAUCUGGAAAGAGAUAGCAGAUAACUUGAAUUCAUUUACAACAAACAAUUCUCAUUGGCCACACUGCCUAGAGUUUGCUCUGUUACCACACAGAGUGUCACGAGCUGAACGGUCCGAGUACACCCCAGCUUACAUUACUUACGGAAGAGAACUUAAUCUGCCUUCAAGUAUGAACAAAGGAGAUGGUGAUAAUUUUCCUUCAGCAGAGCCUCAUCUGAGCUUGGAAGAUAUGACAGCAUUAACAGAAAAGUUUGAGAAAGCUUACUCAUCAUAUGGCAAAAACAUUCAGGCUUGGAACUCCUGCUCUCAGCCUUUCUGUGUUAUACCAUCACUUAACUCGAGUGAGCCAGCUCGUCAACCUGGUAAGAGAGGAAGAAAAAAGAAAAAUCCUGUACCUGCUCCUCCUCCUCAAGAGGAUUUUAGUUCUGAUAAAGAGGCUGAGGAAGACAUGCCCCCUCCAGCUACAAAUGUAACCCCCAGAACUGCAGGUCGCAAAAGGAAACGCAAUAUUAGUCGCAUCACUCGCCUGAUCAAUGCAGAAAAUGAUGAUGAUGAGGAUGGACUGCCAGACCAAGAUCCAGAUGAUAAAGAUUACUGUCCCACAAGCAAGAUGGUCAAAGUCAACACAGAACAGGAUGGGGAAUCUCCGGGCCCCAAACCACCACUGGUCAUGAAGCUUACUCCACCCACACCAAAGAAGCACAUUUGUAAUGGAUGUGGUAAGGAGUUCUCACGUUCUGAUGUCCUUAGACGGCACAUCCGAGAGAUGCACGAAACACACGAGUCCAUGAUAAACAUCUGUCCCGAAUGUGGCAUAUGCAUUAAGAGGAAGCAUCACCUUGCAAGACACAUCAAACAAGUCCAUAGUAAAGGUUGUGAAUGUAAAGCUUGUGGAGAAAUGUUUGGAAAUAAAGUGGAACUCAAGGAGCACAUUUCAACAGCUCAUGAUGGAUACAACUGUGAGAAAUGUAACAGGAACUAUACCUCCAAAUCUGGACUUAAGUUUCAUAUUGCACAAGAGCAUGAGCAGAAAUACCCAUGUCCCAUAUGUGGUAAAUCCUCCGGAUCAAGUUCAAGCUUUAACAAACAUUUGGCUUCACAUACUGAAGGAGCAGACAUCAAGUGUCCCCACUGUCGGUACAUAUUUCCAAACAAAGAUUUAUUCAUGGCUCACAGAGAGUCUUGUCGAAUUUCCCGGGCUUACACUUGCAGUCAUUGUGGUAAAGGCUUUCCAAGCAAAAAUUCAUUCCAGCAUCAUGAGGCAACACAUUUUGAUGGAAAGUUUCCAUGUCACCUCUGUGGAAUAAAAUUCUCCUUUAGCACCAAUCUUAAUCGUCACAUUAGAACUGUUCAUCUUGCAAAAACAGAAUCUGAGGAUAGCAAGCAAUCAGAUUCAUCUCCAGAUAAAACAAGCUUAGACCAAAGUGGUAAUUUAUCUGAAGUUGAGAAAACUGAUAAUAUAUUUGAAUCAGGAGUUGCAGGUGGAAUGGAAGAAUGCCAUAAUAACAGUCUUAACCAAAUUGUAGAAGCCAUCAAACUACAGGUGGAGAGGAGAAUAUCAGCAGGGUACUGUGGAAAUGGUGAAACUGCAGGAAAACAGAGUGUAGGAACUGAUGCUAUGGAAACAGAUGAAGGUAGCACAUCCCAGAAGAGUCUAGAAUCUAUAAGCAGUAAUCAGCUGGCCAGACAACUCACAUCAUCUGAAAAGGAGCCAAGUAGUCACGUACAACAGGCCACUUCUACAAAACCAGCAGCAUCUUCCAGAGUACAAGAAUUUGCCCUAUCAGGAGUUUCAACGGAAACACAAAAGAGACCUGAUGGUGGAAACUUUUGGAUAGCUCUUCAAGAUGCCACAGGGAAGACUGCAAAAAAUGUGAUUUUAGGACAACAAAAUGCAUACCAAGUGGAUAAGAUGCCAACUCAGGUCAUCGCAAGCACAGAAAAUUCAUCAUCAACUCCUGCUCAAGUGUACUCAAGUGUGGGAAAGAAAACACUGACUAAUACAUUUAGUGAACCCUUAAGCCAAAUAUCUGGUGCUCCUGAGUCCUCUAUCCCUUCAACUUAUCACAUUAUUUCUGAUCAGUCACUGAUAUCACAGCUGAAGAGCACAGCCAGCCCCAGUGUUUCUUCAUACCGAGUCAUUACUACAGACAGAGCUGCCCAGUCAAAACCAGUGCUACCCAACAUCUAUACUGUCAUGACAACUGAUCCCACAAAAGCCAAAGCAACUAGUAUUCUUCCAAGCACAUAUGUGGCUCCAACAAGUGAACAACUACAGUUAGCUGCUCAGAAACCACAACCCAUUGUCAUUGCUGCAGGACAGGUACAAAAAUCAGUGCCACUCACAUACACUGUCCAACAACCAGCAGCUACCAAUGUUCAGAAAGUACCAGCUGGCUCACAAAGUGAGCUGGUUUCUCACAUUCAAAAGAUUCUCCCUGAGGCUUACAGUGAAGUGCAAGCUGCAUUGCUUCAGAAAGUGCAGAGUGGAUCCUUUGGUCUUGUCACUGAUGAAAAUUCUGCUGUAGCUUACAGUUUACCAUCAUCUGAUGACACAAACAAAGAUCCCACAAGUGUUACUGCUUACAAUGUUGUCAUUAAAGAAGCAGGGGCCACAGAACGAACAGUUGUUACUGAAGCAGGUGAUAGUCUACCUGCUGCAUCAAAUGCAGGUCAUCAUGUUACAGAAAACCCAAAAAUUUCUCCAGGUGAGAGUACAGACACCAGAAUAGGGUUCUCUGGAACCCCAGCUGAUCCUGUGCAAGAAACAGUGCAGUUUUCUCCUGAAUUGACCACCCAGGAGCAAGAGGCAGUACAGUAUGACAUGGUGCCUUCAAAUCCAGAGUUGAUGACCUCUGACCCAACCCCUGACCCCUAUCCUUCAGAGGUUGGUGAUAACAGUGGAACUACUUAUACUGUAUCUACAGAUUCAAUACAGGCAGAUGAAGAGACAAAGGUCGAGGAUACAAUAUACACUGAUGCAGCAACAGAAAAUGUGGAGAACUUGAUGCAGCUCUCUGAACCUACACAAACAAAUAUUGCAGUGGUUGAGUCGGAGGGUCAGACUGUUGAACUUGAUGCAUAUUACCAAGCCAUCUACAAAUACAAGAAAUACAAGGCAUACAUGCCAGGUUGUCCAGAUAAUUAUAAAAGAGUUUUACGGAAGUCCGCACUCAGCUAUUAUUUGUUUGAUGACAAGCUUUACUACAUGACGGAAGGUGAACUGCGCUAUGUUCCUACAACUUGGAAAGAAAGAUUGUAUUAUCUUGUCAAAUGCCACAUCAAUGGAAAAGGUAAACAUGUCUGUAAGAAUAUGAUGGCCCAGUGGAUGACUGAAAAGAAGAUUGUUUGGAAGGGAAUUUCUGUUGACUGUACAGCGUUUGCUGCUGCCUGUCCUCACUGUACACUUGGAGAAGCCAGAACAGAACCUGUCAUCAAAUCGCUUCCAAAAGAUGAUCCAGUUCUAAAGAUGGCUGAGGACAACUACAGCCUACUUCUGAACUACCUCCAGAAGCAGACAUUCCCGGUGAAAACCCUUCAGUCCCAGGUAGAUGCAGUAACUAGCAUUGCUAGACAGUACAUGAUCCAGAAAGGGGUGCUGUAUUUUAAAAAAGGGAAAGGAGGCGAGUUGAGGUGUCUUGAAGUGGGUACUAAGGACAGGAAAGUGGCAAUGCAGGCUGCCCAUGUUAACAAUGGUGAGCACCUUGGACCUGCAGAAACAUUGCGGAGGUUGUCUGAGAAGUUCAUAUGGAAUAAGAUGGCAGACAGUGUGGAAGCAUUUGUUAUGGGUUGUUGUAAGAAGAAAACAGAUGAGGAACCUGCCACUCCAAAAUCAGUUUUAAACAGAAAUGUAGAUUUCUUCAGUAAACAGUUUAAGAAUGGGGUUGUGGACAAGUUGCUUGCUGGGAAAGAAACAUUUCCGGAGCCUGUGGUACGUUCAAUUUCAGAACUGAUUAAAAAGGAGCAAGAAACUUCUGAAAGAGAACGCUGUAAUGAAGAGUCAGGAAAAGAAGGCAGUGAUGAGUGUGACAAAGAACAGACUGAAAUACAGAAUGAUGAAAGUCCAGAAAACUCCCAGAAUGCAACAGAAGGAACUCCUGUGAAAGUUACUAGAACAGAAGAGGGUGAAAUCAUAGGUGAAGUAAGUGAUGAGAUGAUAGAAGCUGCGGUUAGAACUAUUCUGUCCCAAGAGGAAUUUGAGGAAAAGGAUGCCAGCAAAGUGGACAAGUCAUCCACUUCAGCCAAACCUUCUAAGACAGAAGGAGAGGUGGAGGUCAAAAAAGAAGUGCAUAAAUCCCUAAAACUAAAAUGUGAAGUUUGUGGAAUGUUAUUCAAAGGACAAAAUAAAUACAAAGCUCAUAUGUAUGGGCAUACGGGCAUAAAACCUUACCCUUGUACCCUGUGUGAUAAAUCCUUCACGUUGAAGAAAACACUGAAAUUCCAUCUUGGUAAACAUGCUGGUCAGAGACCAUUCCUGUGCAACAUCUGUGGGAAGAGAUUCCAUGUCCCCAAUAGCCUACGUUCACAUCUGCAGAUCCAUGCCAAGGGAGGUAACAACAUCCACUACUGUAAGCUCUGUAAUCGAGAGUUCGCCACUGAUGUUCGUUAUGAAAAACAUCUUAAGUUCAAACACCCACCAGAAGAGGAGGAACAUCUUUGCUCUCAGUGUGGCAAGAAGUUCUGCAGUAGAAAGAGUUUGAAACGUCACGAAAGAUCAGCCCAUGAUGCUGUGAAAAACCACUUCUGCAGUAUUUGUGACAGAGGAUUCUUUAGGAAGGAAUAUUUAAAUCGCCACAUGCAACAGCAUGAAACGAAUGCAAACGGUGAGGCGAAAAAAGUGAAGCCUUUAGUUAUAAGAAAGCCAAAGGCCUUACAGGCUAACAACAAACCAAAACAAGCAGCCAAGAUAGUGAAAACAGAUCCAGAAAACAUCAUCAUUGAGACAGUUGAAGACGGGGAAAGCAGUGGUCUAACCAAUGUGGUUGGAAACAUCCGUAUUGAAGUGGAGCCUGGUCAGAUAGAGGAAUAUUACAUUCAGGAGUCGGAGGAUCCUACGACAAGCACAUAUUACGCGGUGACAGAAACAGCAGAUGGUGAUGAGGAGGGUGGCGGCAGUACACUUGUGUAUAGCUUCCCGUCUGUCCAGUACGAGAUUGAGUGUCCUGAUGGACAGUUGAAUUCUGAGGCAUUGUCAGCCAUUACCAUGUUAGCUCAGGCUUCCUCUCAGCAGAACAUGCUCUCAAGAGCAAAGCCGGCCAUUGGGCCUGGCUCAACAACUCCAGCAAAAGAAAACAAGAAAAAGAAACAGAUGCCUAAAGUUGAAGACUUUUUAGCUCUGAGAGACUACACAGGGGCAAUCACACUAUUAGAGUUCAAUAGAAACAGUGGAAAGGGUAAUGAAGAGACCGAUAUGUGGAUUGCCUACUGUGCAUUUCAUCUAGGAGAUUAUAAGAGAUCUAUGGAGGAGUUUGAGAGAAUGACAAAACGUGAUGGCUGUCAUCCUGAUGUUUGGACAAACUUAGCCUGUUGUUAUUUCUUCCUUGGAAUGUACCCAGAGGCAGACAAUGCCUGUCAAAAAGGGCCAAAAAGCAAAUUACAGAACCGACUACUGUUCCAUUUAUCACACAAGUUUGGGGAUGAGAAGAGGUUAAUGGGUCACCAUCAGAAUCUUCAGGAUGUGAUAGAGGAUCAACUCUCUCUGGCCUCCAUACACUACCUACGGAGUCAUUACCAGGAGGCUAUAGACAUCUACAAACGAAUACUUUUAGACAACAGGGACUUUUUGGCACUCAAUGUUUAUGUUGCUCUUUGCUAUUACAAAUUAGACUACUAUGACGUAUCACAGGAAGUUCUAGCAGUCUAUCUCCAGCAGUAUCCAGACAGUGCUAUUGCUCUCAAUCUCAAAGCCUGCAAUCAUUUCAGACUCUACAACGGCAAGGCUGCAGAGGCAGAGCUAAAAAGUCUUCAAGAAAUGUCAUCACCUUCUUUUGUGUUUGCCAGAGAUCUCAUCAAACAUAAUUUAGUGGUGUUUAGAGGGGGUGAAGGAGCUCUACAGGUAUUACCUCCACUUAUUGAUGUCAUACCAGAGGCCAGACUUAAUCUUGUUAUAUACUACCUGAAACAGGAUGACAUAGCUGAAGCCUACAAUCUGAUCAAAGACCUGGAGCCCACCACCCCACAGGAGUACAUUCUGAAGGGCGUGGUCAACGCUGCCAUGGGUCAGGAGCAAGGAUCUAGAGAGCAUCUCAAAAUAGCUCAACAAUAUUUCCAGUUGGUUGGAGGAUCAGCCAGUGAAUGUGAUACUAUUCCUGGUCGACAGUGCAUGUCCUCAUGUUUCUUUCUGUUAAAGCAGUUUGAAGAUGUCCUAAUCUAUCUGAACUCAAUUAAAAGUUACUUUUACAAUGAUGACAGCUUUAACUUUAACUAUGCUCAAGCCAAGGCUGCUGUAGGGAAUUUCAAAGAAGCAGAAGAGGUCUUCAUGCUGAUCCAGAGUGACAAGAUUAAGAAUGAUUAUACUUAUCUAAGCUGGCUAGCCCGAGUCUACAUAAUGAACAGGAAGUCCCGUCUGGCUUGGGAGUUAUACCUGAAAAUGGAGACAUCUGGCGAAUCUUUCAGUCUGCUUCAGCUAAUAGCAAAUGACUGCUAUAAGAUGGGACAGUUUUACUAUGCUGCCAAAGCCUUUGAUGUUCUGGAGAGAUUAGACCCCAAUCCUGAGUACUGGGAGGGAAAGCGAGGGGCCUGUGUGGGCGUUUUCCAGAUGAUCAUUGCAGGGCAUGAGCCCAGGGACACCUUGAGGGACGUGAUCAACAUGCUGCGUAACACCAGUAAUCCACAGGUGGAGUACAUUAUCCGCACGAUGAAGAAGUGGGCCAAGGAAAAUCUGGUUCCUCUUCCAUAGUCCCUCCUCUUAAAUAUAACACUGUAGUUUUUCUGCUUCAGGCAACAAAACUAAAAGAAACUGACAUUUUUGUUAUUUAUUGUAGUGCACAUGCAUGUAUGUGUUAAUGCAUGACUUUGAAGCAUGUAACAUAUGCACUACAUGUAUAUUGCAUGUAUAUAGAUGUUGCAAACCAUUGCAUGGACUCUUGACAGAUGACAUUUUUCUUCAACACACAGUGUUGUUUUAACAAAUACUGUAGUGGAAUUCAGUGGUAUUGAUUAAGCUUCUUGAUCAAGGAGUGCGUCAUGUAUGACUUUUGCAAUUCUUAGCAAAGUGAAAUUUCCGUCCAGUGAUGUAUACUUGUUAUAUCAUGUAUAUGUGUUUUCUAAAAUGCUAUAAAGAAAAAAAAUACAGAAAACGAGAGAAUAAAUUUAUUAAUAAGUA